GAAAAAAUGAAUUAGUUAGGGGGUUACGGGAGUUUGAAGAUAUGAUGUUGUGAGACCCCUCAUAUCUCCAUAAUUGGUGACCCCGACGUGAUUUGAAGAAUUGUGUUUGCACAAGUGUAUAACGUUUAUUCACCCGUGUACCACCUUACACACGUUUGUAUUCGUUAUGACGCUCGAUCGGCCGCCCACUCGUCAAUGCCAGCUAACGCAGGAACAACUGCAACAGCAACAAUUGACGCAUCAGCAAUUGGACCAGCAACAACAGCAGCAGCAACCAAGUCAAGCGAUGCCUGGCAGUGUCUCACCUGUUGCUCCCAAAUAUCCGCCUGUGGUGCCUAACAACGCCGACGCACUGCCAGGCUUCAUAAACUAUUCUCCACCGGGGUAUCCUUACUACAGUGCUCAGGUCGAUAAUGACGCACGCAUCCUAGCAGUCUCGCAGGCUGAUGCUGCCGGAAUUGUGGACCACUGACCCAGACAACUGGUUCAUCCACAUCGAGGCUCAGUUCGCCUUAAGAAAUAUCAGGAACGACAACACGAUGUACCAGGCAGUCGUUGCCAGAGAUGGCCGACCUCCUCAGGCACCACCAUCAAUAGAUAAGUACUCCUGGUUUAAAACAAAUCUUGUCAAACACUUCAGUGACUCGGUUGACCGACAGUUAUAUAAAUUAUUGAUAGAGCUUCCCCUUGGGAAUCGCAUGCCUAGUCAACUUCUCAGGGAAAUGAGGAUCCUUGCUGGCAACAGAGCAUCUGAAGAGCUUCUUCGUAACUGUUGGUUGGCUUCGUUCCCUGAGCUGGUGAGUAGGAUCCUUAAAGCUGCCCAAGAUAGCUUGAUCAACUCGCAGAAGCUGUUGAGGACGCCCUGGAGAAUAGCUCUGGCGGCUAUGUCAUGGCGGCAAACUAUCAGCCUAUUGUGUCUGAGGCUCAGCUUGGCCUCCCCAAUGCUCAGGUCAUGGCAGCUGGCAGUUACCAUUGCAGCGUUGCAGAACGUAGCACCACGGACCAGAGGUUGACUUCAAUUGA